AUGUAUGUAUGUACUAACACUUUCCAGAAGCAUUCCCAGUUCCAACUACAAGAACUACGUCACCGGCACUAUCCUUGGAAAAGGAGCUCCUUCAUCCGGCCCUACGAAUCAACACUAAUGUCAACACCAGUAAUUCACCGCCAGCACUUCAAUCAACGAUCACAAGGCCCAGCGCUACUGCAAACACUACCAACAAGCCAACAUACACUACACCAGAGCCAUUCCAGUCUGCUAGCGCCCAACUACAGUAUAAAUAUCUUCUUUCACGCCUACACACCCGUCCUCAGAGGAUACAAGCUCUGCGAUCAGAAUCUGUUCCUCGUCAUUACUCGUCUCAGGUCUCAAGACCCGUUAGACCGAUCCACACCACUUUGCUACCACCUAAAAAGCUGCCGGUUAUUCAAGAAUCGGUGGCUAGGGGUAGUGUGA